CUCUAUUUCUUAUCCUUUGCUUUAUUCACUCUCUCUUACUCAUUCUAUCAAACAUUUCAAAUGCACUCAAUCUCUUGUAUUUUUCUCAUUUUCUCACCAUUUCCCACUUACUUUCUUCACCUAACCUUGCCACUCUUCAAUCAAAAUCCAUAUUAUUGAGCACUGUUUCCAACAACAUCUUCUGGUUCAGUUCAAACAUACCCAGAUUCAGUUUUUUUUUCUCUAGAAUUUUAUAUUUUCAGGUGUGGAUAUAUUUAUUGGAAGGAAUCAAUUGGUGUUAUGGAUCAGGCAACAAGCAAAGGCAGUAGUGAAAUGUUGGAUCAUGCUGAUGAAGGGGUUAAUGAGAAUUCGAGUCAUUUAGUUGAAGGAGUUGCAAUUGAUGCAGGAGCUGGACAUAGCUUGGGUGGUAGGGCUAGUGUAUGCGAUGAUCUUGGAUUGAAUGAGGAGCUAAAGGAGAGAGCUUUAGAAGUUAAGGGUCAGAAUGAGAAUGUUGGUGGUGAUCCUGGAAAAAUCGACGAUGAUUUGCGCGGGUUUGAUCAAGGGACUAGUUAUAAUUCAAGUGAUUUGGUUAAUGGGGAAGCACUUGAGACCCGUGUUGUAAUAGAUUCUUCUGCUCAGGUUGAGUCUGUCGAUGGAGAUAGCCGAAAAUUAGAAGCUAAAACUAAUGAAUCAAGGUUGAACAAGCUAUCGAUUAAAGCACUGAAAGGUGUGUCUGAGACUGAUAAAAAUUCGUGUGUGAUUGAUGUGAAUUGUGGCAACGGCAAAGAUUUUACCGAGAAUUUGGAUGGUGAAACGAUUUGUAGGAUUUGCCAUCUGGCAUCUGGGCAACCAUUAGAAGAAACUGCUGUUGGAACUCCAAAUAGUGCUGAUGAUAAAACAGGUUUGAUUAUGCUUGGUUGUGCAUGUAAAGACGAGUUAGGAAUUGCGCACAGUCAUUGCGCUGAGGCAUGGUUCAAGAUUAAAGGAAACAGGAUAUGCGAAAUAUGCGGUGAGACUGCAAAGAAUGUUCCCGAUGUUAUUAAUAACGGAUUUAUGGAAGAAUGGUGUGAAAGUGGAUUCAUCGACAGUGGCAGCACUAGCAACUCACCGCGCGGGUUGGUUGGAUGCUGGCGCGGGCAACCGUUCUGCAACUUCUUGAUGGCGUGCCUGGUAAUAGGUUUUGUUCUACCAUGGUUCUUUCGUGUAAAAAUGUUCUAGCUUCGGAUUCAAAAACUAUUCUUCCCUGUCUAUAUGAUGAGUACAUCAUUGAUUCGUGGCACGUAUUUAUUUAAAGAAGUCGCAUUGCGUCGCAAUUAACCAACCACGUUCAAGGAAGUUAGCAGGCAUGGCAAGUUAUGGCAAGAUUGCUUCGUUGAUGAAGAAUUCUUUGGAUUGGAGUGGUUACUAUGUUCUGAAUAUAGAUUGCUUUAGGUAGAAGAGAAAAUAAGAUAUUUUGCUUGUGACUUGAUGUUGUAUAGAAACAAUAUAUAAUUUGCCUCAAAACAAGCAAACAGAAACAAUAUCCAAUGUCUUAUGGUUGUCAUCAAUGUUUAUAUUUCCUCCUUUUUUGUUUA